AUGGGCUCAACAGCAGUGGAACAAGACGGCCUCGUCAUUCCUAUCAUCAACUUUUCCGAUUUCCUCUCUGGCUCCCCCGAAUCCAAAGCUGCUACCGCCAAAGCAAUCCUCACUGCCUUUCGGACUUCAGGCUUUCUCUACCUCUCCCACACCCCCAUCCCCCCCGACCUCUUGACCUCUGUCUUUGUCAACUCUGCCAGCUUUUUUGAUCACGGAGAAGACUUCAAGAAGAAGUACCUGUGGACCACACCCGAUGCCAAUAGGGGGUACUCGGCCCCCGGCAGAGAAAAAGUGACGCAGCUGACGAAGCCGGACGAGGUGGAGAGUUUAAGGGAGAAGGUGCCCGAUCUGAAGGAGAGUUUUGAGAUUGGGAGGGAGGAUGAGCCUGGUCAUCCUAACUGCUGGCCCGAGUUGGCAGGGUUCAGGGAGGUGAUGACUGAGUUUCACAGACGGUGUCAUGAGCUGAAUGUGGAGGUUAUGAGGGCUAUUGCUGUGGGUAUGGGGUUGGGGGAGGGGUUUUUUGAUGGGUUUGUGGACAGGGGGGAUAAUACGUUACGGUUGUUGCAUUAUCCGGCUGUGGGAAAGGAAAGGUUUGUGGAUGCGAGGCCUGUUGAGGGGACGGUGGUGGUGAAUGCGGGGGAUUUGCUGGCUAGGUGGGCGAAUGAUGGGUUGAAGAGUACGAUUCAUCGGGUUGUUGAGCCUCCGCCUCCGAAGGAGGAGGGGGGGAGUGAAGAGGUGAAGGAGUAUCCGGCCAGGUAUAGUGUUGCGUACUUUUGCAACCCGAAUUUCGACAGCUUCAUCGAGGCUAUUCCUGGGACUUAUGGGGGCGAGAAGGGGGAGAAGAAGUAUAAGGGGAUAUAUAGCGGGGAGUAUUUGGUGCAGAGGUUGAGUGCUACUUAUUGAUGUUGAUGUCUUGUGGUUCGGUUCAACUGGAUGAGAUUGUCAUAGGCUGAUUGUCGAACAUAGCAGACCGUGGAGUGUGUCGUUCAGUCAAGUGUUGUGCAAAGAGCAAUUAUGGAUUAUGAUGAAUGAAUCGGGUAUCUUCGUUGUCCCACUCAACAUAGCUACAUCACCAAAUCAACAUCCCUCUGCCCAACAAACGUGACCGCAUCGCCCUUCCUUCCCGCUCUGGCCGUGCGACCGACGCGAUGAAUGUAAUCAUCUGGAUCUCUCGGGAUAUCAUAGUUGAUCACCAUCUUCACUUCAGGAAUAUCCAAACCUCUGGCCGCCACAUCCGUCGCCACCAAAAUCCUUGCGGCCGACGCUCUGAAUCUGCCCAGGUUGUCUAUCCGCUGCCGUUGGGGCAGUUUAGAGUGUAGACUCGUUACCCUAUGGUCCAACAACCGAAGUAAAUGAUGGAGGAAAUCAGCUGUUGACGUCCUGUUGCAAAAGAUAAUAAUGCUCUUGUCGACGUUUUGCUCCGUCAGCAAAAACAUGUGCAAGUAGUGCUCCCUGUGUGUAACAGGAACCUGUAAAUGCAUCUGCUUAAGCGUUGGUGGAAUCGCCAACUUCUCCGUGUCAACUUCACACACAAACACCGGCUCUCUCCCAGGUUUUCUGGGUAUAUUCUUGAGAGCCAUGACUUCCGGGGUGAUGGUAGCGGUGAACAAGAGUGUCUGCCGUUUCUCGGCCGGUGGCAAGGCGGAGAGACACUCUUCCACGUCUGGGAGCAUGGAACCAGGACCGUUGUCGGCAAGCAACCUGUCUGCUUCGUCUAGCACGACGAAUCUCACGCGACCCAAGCCGCAGACUGUGUCGUAGCCGGAAGUGCGGAUGUGGUCGGCUAGACGGCCGGGGGUGGCGAUGACGAUGUGUGGCCUUUGGGCGAGGGCGAUGGCCUGGGCCCGCAUGUCUGCGCCUCCAGUGACGAGGAUUGCUUUGAGGGAGUGAGGGGAGGAGAUGGCCUUGACUUGUUCGAAGAUUUGGAGGGCGAGUUCACUGUGAGUCGAAAUUAGUAUAUGAGAUGAAAUCGUGCGAGGGUGAGAGGACAAUCUUGCCGAGUAGGAGUGAGAAUGACGCC